UCAUCAAAAAGAAGAAUUUGAAAUUUGAAUACAAACAGUGGUGAUUGUCUUCCACUCGCUUGACUUUUCUCCAUCAUCUUCAACCAUUAUUGGUGCUUUUGUGAGUCCCUUUUUUUUUCUGAAAGAGAUUGGAUUCUUAUUGGUGUUUCAACUUUCAAGGUUCUCCUCUGCUUUUCGAGAUCUGAGUGAGGUUUGGUGAGCUCUUUUGAGUUGAUUUUGGGGAUUUUGAAAGAAAGGUUUUUAGUUUGAUUAUAAGAUGGCUAUGGCUGUUGGAUUGGUGAGUAGUGGUGGUGGUGUUGGUGUAUCCUCGUCAUCCUCCUCCUCAUGGGCUCUACAGAGAGGUUUCCUGAAGAACAAAAAGGCGAAGAAGAUGAACUAUGUUUCUUGUGUUGCUUCUUCCGCUAGAUUGACAGAUCAAUAUAAAACGCUUAGAAUCCAACCUGGUGCUUCUGAAGGCGAGGUCAAGAAAGCCUUUCGCCAGCUCGCCUUGCAGUAUCAUCCGGAUGUGUGUAAAGGAAACAACUGUGGCGUUCAAUUCAAUCAAAUUAACGAAGCCUAUGAUGUUGUGAUGAGUUACUUGAGGGGAGAAGAGACGAACACGAUUGGUGAUCAAUAUGAGUCUUCGUAUUACGACGAUGCAGAUGAACCGAUGAGAGGGAUGUGCGAUCCAGAUUGGGACAUGUGGGAAGAAUGGAUGGGAUGGGAAGGUGCUGGGAUUCGCGAUUACUCUUCUCAUAUCAACCCUUACAUCUAAUCUUAUCCUCUAUUACGCUUUGGAUAAGCUUCCAGGCUCAUCGAUCAUCGUGGGUUUUGGGGAUUAAUCUUGACUGUUUAUAUUGUUCAUAAUUGCUAAAGCUGAUGCCAAUCAGACGAGAGGAGAAUGAUGUGGUGCACGAUAACCAAUCAUGACCUUUCAUAUUGUACAUAUGCAUUUAGAGAAGAGAAUAACAUUUUUAGAGAAGCCCACUUUGUGGCUUUGCCUAUUGAGAAGAAAA